AUGGGUGUUCCCAUCUCCCUUUUUAACAAUGACGAUAGGAAUAUUCCCACCACCUGGGUGAACCUGCUCAAUGAUGGCACUCCUGAUCCAACCAGCUGGUUUCCAAAUAUCACCAGUGCAAGAAAUGAUUCCCUCCUUCAAGGCACCUCAAAAGUCAUUCUAGUUCCAGUCAUGGCACUAGGAACGAUUUUUUCCUUGACCACCAGUGUCUUUUUCCUCCCCGUCUACUUGCGCAGUCCCCAGAUCCGAGAGCGAGCACGUUUCACCCUACUCGCCUGUGUCCCCAUCAGUCAAACGGGCUAUUUCUUGUUUCAGUGCAUCAUUUUUUCUCUCCAACUAUCUCAACAUCAGGUUAGCUUUUUGGGUUGUGCCGUCCUCUGGCUGCUGUCCAACUCUGCUGGUGGGGCCGAACUCUUUAGCUUGGCUGCCAUGUCCAUAGAUCGCUACUUUGCUGUCUGCCAGCCGCUGUUUUAUGAUGGGAUUUGCUCUGAGCGGAACCUUGUGCAGGUGGUGCUCUUUAUUUUUCUGGCUCCUGUCUUUCUCCCAUUGGUUUCAUUUUUUAUUCAGAUUGGCCUGGCGGGCGCAGUGGUAACCCUUCAGCUCCUUGACCAGUGCUAUCUGGAAGCCCUGGAGUUGAGACCCUCUGUAACUUCUUGGCGCUUGGCUCUUUUUGGCUUUCAGUUUUUUGCUGCAUUCUUCAUCAUCUCCACUUCCUAUUACCUGGUAGUAAAGGAAGCCAUCCACUCGAGAAUGGUCAGCCAACUGAACUUGCGCGCCAGGAGAACCAUGACCUUCCACAUGGUCCAGCUAAUGCUCUACCUCUUCCCAGUAAUUCUCUAUGUUCUUUUCAUGUCUGUGCAAAUUAGCCCUGCACUGCAGCCCAUCAUUCACACAUCUAACAUAUGCAUCUUUACGUUCGCUCAGAUUAUCAACCCUCUUGUAUAUGGUCUGCGCUCCAGCGAGCUCAAAGUCUUUUUACCUUCCUUUUUACAGAGGAGUCAUCGAGUCAAUAGCCAGGGCUGA